GAACUUCCGCCAAGUCUAAACGGAAGUAGGUACGUGGCUGCUUCAGCUGACAGUCUACAUGAUGGCGACAGAGGUUCAGAGCGGCGACCUCGACAGUGCUACUUCUUCCAGCCGGCUCGAAGUUUCUAUCGACGGCCUCACCCUCAGUCCGGACCCGGAGGGUGAGCAGAGCCAGGCUGAAGAGCCGGACCCCGAGCCCACGGAACCCGGGACCGAUUCGCCGGGUGCCGACGAAGGCGAAGAUGGAGAGUCUGCCAAAUCUGCGAUAGAGAGGAAAUGGGGCUUUUCUCUGCAGGAGCUCUACGGAAUGGCCCUUAAAUUCUUUAAAGAUAAAGAUGGUAAGGCCUUCCACCCGACCUAUGAGGAGAAGCUUCGGCUGGUGGCUCUGCACAAACAGGUGUUACUCGGCCCCUAUAAUCCAGAUGCUUCACCAGAGGUUGGCUUCUUUGAUGUCCUAGGCAACGAUCGCAGGAAAGAGUGGGCCUCCCUGGGUAACAUGGAGAAGGAGGAGGCCAUGGUGGACUUUGUCAAGCUGCUUAACAAGUGCUGUAACCUCUUUGCUCCGUACGUCACCUCACACAAGAUUGAGAAGGAAGAGCAGGAGAGAAAAAGGAAAGAAGAUGAAGAGCGUCAGCGGCAGGAGGAGGAGGAGAGGGAGCGACAAAGGCAGGAGGAGGAGAGACGGAGGCUUGAGGAGGAGGAAAGGCUGAGGAGGGAGGAAGAGGAAAGGAGACAGGCAGAGGAGGAGAGGCUACGGGUGGAACAGCAGAAACAACAGAUAAUGGCGGCAUUGAAUGCUCAGACAGCGGUGCAGUUCCAACAGUAUGCUGCCCAGCAGUACCCCAACAACCCUGAACAACAGCUGGGCCUCAUCCGUCAGCUCCAGGAACAGCAUUACCAGCAGUACAUGCAGCAGCUCUACCAGGUCCAGCUGGCCCAGCAACAGGCGGCCUUACAGAAGCAGCAGCAGCAGCAGCAGGCUGACUCGAUGAUGCAGGCCACCCUGGAAGCCAGUAACUUCAACAGCGGUGAGCCCGUUCCCGCCUCAGCAGCGGGACCGUUAUGUGCUGCUCCACCACCAGCUGGAGAGGAAGCCCCUACAGUCAACGGAGGUCAGUCGGACUCGUACUCGGAGAGCAUGGACCGUGAGCCUGAGCCUGAGCCGGCAGAGGAAGUCUCAGAGAACGGGCCUUUAUUAGCGGACUCCCCACCAGUCAUAGCUGCUCCCUCCAUGUGGACGCGGCCACAGAUCAAGGACUUCAAGGAGAAAAUCCGGCAGGACGCCGACAGCGUGAUCACGGUGGGGCGUGGCGAGGUGGUGACGGUGCGCGUACCCACCCACGAGGAAGGCUCUUACCUGUUCUGGGAGUUUGCCACGGACUAUUAUGACAUCGGCUUUGGGGUCUUCUUCGAAUGGACAGAUGCAGCCUCUGCUUCGGUCAGCGUGCACGUGUCAGAGUCCAGUGAUGAGGACGAUGAUGAUGAAGGUGAUCCUCCUAGUGAGGAGGAGAAGGCAAAGAAGGAGGCAGGGAAGCCCCAAGUGGAUGAGAUUGUGCCGGUGUACCGGCGGGACUGUCACGAGGAGGUGUAUGCUGGCAGCCACCAGUACCCCGGUCGUGGAGUGUACCUGCUCAAGUUUGACAACUCCUAUUCACUUUGGCGCUCCAAGAGUGUUUACUACAGAGUCUACUACACCAGAUAAGCCUGAAUACAGACACAGGGGGAGCCAAGGAGUGUGUAUGUUCAUAUAUAUGUGUGUGUGUGUGUGUGUGUGUAGGUGGAGAUUCGUGUGAUGGCAGCCUGUAUGCGUGUGUGCGUGCGUGAAGGAGAAAGUGAUACCAGAUCUAUUCUGGACACAGCCACCAGAGGGUGACAAAGAGACACAUCUGGAGCCCUGGUUUGGAGAUUGGACUAAUAUGUAUGUACUUUAUGUGUAUGCGUGUCCCAUGAUACACCCAUGCUAAAUCUUGUCAUCAAGCCCUUGGAAGAGGAGUGUUUACUCCUGUUGUAUAUUCACCACCUGACCUUGCUGCGCUCACGUAGAUCAGGCUAUAGGACUUUGCUCUUAUAUUGUAUUUUACCACUUUUCACCCUGGGCUCUUCUCCUGUCAUCGCCUCAGCCCAACACUGUCCAGCGUGGCCUUGCGGCUGCUUCUGCCCUGAAUGACGCUUUCAUAACCGCGAACGGAAACGCGGCGAGCCCAGCGCUCUGAGCCAGCGUUUCCUGUUCAGCGGUAAUGGUGGUUGUUUAUCCCACGAGAACACAGACAAUGUAAUGUUGAAAAUCAAAUUACAUUGCAAAUGUACUUCAUAACACUAUGCCUUUUGUUCCACAGAGAGCUUCUGGUCUUUGCCAAGUCUCACACACAUUAAAAACACCAGUGUACACAAUCUUAAUCAUCCUUUUUGUUGUAAAAAAAAACAGUAGUCUGUUAUUCUCUUCCCUAGCCAACAGGCAUAUAUGAAUCCUCUCUGAUUGUGCACCAGACAUAUGUUAAUGGGUUGUUUGUUUUUUUUACGGCGUUUACUGGCAGAACUUAUGAAGGAAGAAGUCAUUCCAUUGUUUAGUGAACUCUAAAUGAAGACAUGGGUGUUAAGAGAAUAGGUACAAAAUAACAUGGAAAAGUAUGGUUGUCAAAUCAAGCAUCUCAGUGUGUGAUACAGGAUAAGAGGUUUAAAAACAAACGACUUGAUAAAUAUUUGCUUUCCCUUUCUCCUAGAAUGGGAUGUUAUUUCAUUUUGUCUCACUACUUUACAGUCCCUGCUUCUAUGGUUACUCCACAUGACAGAUUACGUUACAUCAUCAGCUGACCAGAUCUUUUGCUCCUCACGUCUUUAUUAAAGUAUCAAGGAAAAUGAGCUAGUAUUAGGACAAAUGUUGUGUUAAUACAAUCUGGGAAGGUUUUUUUGUGUCAUUCCGUGUGUUUGGAGAUGCUGUACCCAGCUCUGACACACGAGAAAAUCAAAGAUCAGUAACCGCCGAUGUUUUAGAGGUCAUGACACGCUGUUACAUCUCUUCAGCGCUCACAAAUCGAAAAUCCAUAACCUGAAAUACAGUGUUGCUGUUCAAUCGUUUUUUUGUUCCUGGUAUGAAUUAAUUCAAUUUGUCAUCUCAAAUAUGGUAUUGUGAAUAAACUGAGAUGAUCUAGACUUAAUAUUGUGUCUUGGAUGAUGUGCUUGCUUACUAACUCAGUUGUAUCAUCAAAAUUUUUAAGAUGAAUUUCAUUGUCACAAUUAAGUCAUUCUGUUCAGCUUCAUGUUGCAUUUCCAUGAUUUGUUGUACUUACCACCCAGGUGCAUUAUCAGCAGUGCUGUAUGAACUGUGUUCCGUCUAAAUCUGAACGAUGGUUGCUGAAUGGGGAAUGUGUUUGGUGGGUGUCAGAUAUAUUUGGUUUCACUUGUACGUUUUUAUGUGUGUAACCAAACCUGAAAGACAAAAGAGGAGAGGCGAGUAACUUGCAAGUUGAGCAAAGUCCUUUUCUCAGUGUCAGUUUGUCAUAUUAUUUAAUUAAGAGGUCGCUCCUGCCUCCUAUCCAUUCAGUGAUUCGUGUAACAAACUCUCACUACCUAUGGCUUAACCCAAGCUAUAAAGUUCAAGAAAGUUCCCAUAUCUUCUGAUGUGUGAUGUUUUGUUUUUCUUAAGUUUCUUGUUACUCACCAAAUGGUUUGAGUUGAUUUGUUCAAGCCUUGUAUGUAAAUAAUUCUAUAAAUGAGUUUAUGUAUGGGUUUUUAGAUGUGGAAGAAGGCUAUGGUUUUGAGGAUCAAUGCACUGUAAAAAUAUGGUGAAUGAGAUAUAUGUAUACAUUUUACCCCGAAUGAAAGUCCAAAAACUUGUAGGAGGUGUGAAACUGUAAGACUAUUGAUAUGACAGAAACAGAAAUGCUCAUCUUUUUGUAUUGUUUUGACUUGUUUGGAUCUCUAAUGAGUCGGAAGAUCUCUUUUUUGGGCAUAUAUUUAAUCUUGAUUAAACUUAUGUUCAUCUCUAGGACUGGA